AUGAGUCCUUCCCAAGAAACCUUUCCGGAGCAAGGAGAGCAGGAGGACUUCAGGUUCGCGGUGAAGGGCAGCGAGGCGAAAGGUGCUCUGGUGACCUUGCAUUCCGUGGGGAUUCAUGCAGGCAGUGCCCAGCUCGAGCGCGUGUUGUUGGUGCCAAGCAGCGGCCGGGUGAGCAAGGUUUGGCGCCAACGCUUUGAGGCGCUGGGCAUCCAGGUGCUGGAUGUGCCGGACGUCGUGCCCAGCCCUGCUUUACUGGAAGCCAUGGAGGCGGAACGCUCCAAGCUUCAUAGGCAAGGCGUCUUGGAAGUCCUGCAGCCCAUGCCCUAUGGAGGCGCUUUUGCUAAGGUGCAUGCCUGGAAUCCUGAUCUGGGCUACGAGACGGUGGUGCUUUUGGAUGGCGACGUCUUGGCGAAGCGGCCCCUGGUGCCGCUGCUACGACUGGAAGCCUUAAGUGCAGGGAAGGACCUCAACGAUGCCUUCAACUAUGGGGUCGUGGUGCUGAAGCCUGACCGACAGAUCCAUGCAGGCUUGGUGAAACUCUUGACCGAAGCCGGCGAGGAGGAGCUGCUGCGUUACAAUACUCGGAUUCUUGGAGCUGGAGAAGCAUGGCUGGCCAAGAGCUGGUCUUUUAGGACCAAUAGUGUGGAGAAGUUCAGCCGAUGCUCCUGUCCACCUGUCCCACAUCUUCACACAGAUCGGGCCAUCUGGGCGGACGUUCUCACAACUUCUAAGGGCGCGGAGACAUCAAAAAGUACCUGGAGUAACUUGUAUGGGUGCUGCCAAACGAUGAGAGUCACAGAUUCUAUGUUGAAAGAGCCGCGGUCGCACGACAUCGUGCGCAACGACGCUGCCAUGGUGGGAAGACUACGUGGUCCGAGACGGCGAUGA